ACAGCCCGGGAGCCGCCGCCGCCGCUGCCUCGGAGCAGCCGGGCCGGAGCGAGAGCCGAGAGCGGGCCCCCGAGCCGCCGCCGCCGCCGCCAUGGGGAGCCGCGUGUCGCGGGAAGACUUCGAGUGGGUCUACACCGACCAGCCCCACGCCACCCGGCGCCGGGAGAUCCUGGCAAAGUAUCCAGAGAUAAAAUCCUUGAUGAAACCUGACCCCAACUUGAUAUGGAUUAUAAUUGUGAUGGUCCUCACUCAGUUGGUUGCGUUUUAUCUAGUGAAGGACUUGGACUGGAAAUGGGUUGUAUUUUGGGCAUACGCUUUUGGCAGCUGCGUUAACCAUUCAAUGACUCUGGCUAUUCACGAAGUUUCCCACAAUAGCGCCUUUGGCCACUACAGAGCCAUGUGGAAUCGCUGGUUUGGAAUAUUUGCUAAUCUUCCUAUCGGCGUUCCGUAUUCAAUUUCCUUUAAGAGAUAUCACAUGGAUCAUCAUCGGUACCUCGGAGGCGAUGGCAUCGAUGUGGAUAUUCCAACCGAUUUUGAAGGCUGGUUCUUCUGUACCACUUUCAGAAAGUUUAUAUGGGUCAUUCUUCAGCCUCUCUUUUAUGCAUUUCGACCUCUCUUCAUCAACCCCAAACCAAUUUCUUAUCUGGAAAUUAUCAAUACAGUGAUCCAGAUCACUUUUGACAUUAUAGUUUACUAUGUUUUUGGAAUUAAAUCUUUAUUCUACAUGUUGGCAGCAUCCUUACUUGGUCUAGGUUUGCACCCGAUUUCUGGACAUUUUAUAGCUGAACAUUACAUGUUCUUAAAGGGACAUGAAACUUACUCGUAUUAUGGCCCUCUGAAUUUACUUACCUUCAAUGUGGGUUACCAUAACGAACACCAUGACUUCCCCAACAUUCCCGGAAAAAGCCUUCCCCUGGUGAGGAAAAUCGCAGCCGAGUACUAUGACAGCCUCCCCCACUACCAGUCCUGGAUAAAAGUGCUCUAUGACUUUGUGACAGAUGACACCAUAAGUCCCUACUCCAGGAUGAAGAGGCAUCAAAAAGGCGAGGUGGAACUGGAGUGAAGGUCGCCGGAGCCAGAAGAAUUCCUCUCUGAAACGUCCAAGUAGCCGAUAAGGUGGAGCUCUUGCAUUAUUAAACCGAGACCAAGGGGUGUGGGAGCCACCCUCAUACAGUUUCUGAGUGUGAUCCCCGUGGUGUCAGGAAGCUAACCUGGCUCUACCAGCUUGUCCGCAGUGUUCAGCUUUACUCACAGGAAGUGUAUUUGUUGUGUUGUCAUUGUGGAGGAUGUUUUCACCCAUGUCUGACAGUUUGCAAGCAUGUCAUAAAGAAGCUUUUAAACAGCUGUUUCUAGUACAUUAUUUUCACUAUAAAGUUUUCCUUUAUUAAAACUGUUAAUAAACUGAGCUAUUAAUCACAACAAAUAGUAUUUAUCACAUUUUUGUAUUUUACUGUCUCUAUACCAUGUAAUACGGUAACCAGGGUAUGGGUUUCCCCAGCCAUCCGAAAGUUCACUUUAGGCCACUUGGCUUCUGUGAAGGACCUACAUUGGUACCUGUUUUCACUAACCAAAAGAAAUCCAAAGAGGAUUUUCGCUUUUAUGAAAAAAGGUGAAAAGUGAAAAUAGCAUUAUAGAGACAGCGGCACCCCAAGCAGUGAGGGCAGCACCACCAGGCCCCUUCCCCUGGGACGACACCCAGCUUCUCAGCAUCCCGCCGCCAUAGCUGCAAACCAUGUCUCUGAGCCUUUGUGCUCUAUCUCGAUUUUUUUUGGUAGGUUAUUUUUGGGUUCUGGGGAUGCUUCAGAAAUUUUCCCAUAUAAGUUAGUGGUAAUUACUGCUUCGCUUUACACCGUCUUGGCUCACAAAAGGUUUCGUAGGAACACUGCUUUCAGAUGGUGGGGGAAACCCGGACUAGGGUGAGCUUACUUUAAAACUUCACCAAAAAAAAAAAAA